UCAAAGUUGACCGGCAGGGCUGUCAUGUCUUUGUUGCCUCUGUUGCACCUCAUAUGUUGUGAAUAGAAGAACGGGAUAGAUGGAAACAUAACACUCAUAUGUACAGAAGAAACUGAUUUAAACCUUAUCCACAACAGUCAAACCACCCAAAAGAUGGAAGACAAGCUGAAUGGAUUCCCUGUUGUCUCCCCGGAGUAUCUUCAACAGUGGGUUCAGUCUGCACAGCAGUUUCAAGCUCUCCAGGCCCAGUAUUCAGGCUUCAACCACAAUCAUCAGUCUCACUACCCGGAGGAGCAGACAGGAGAGACAGCCAUGGCACACAUGGGUUAUCCAGAACCCAUGAUGGAUCAGCAGGAACAAGCCAAUCCGGGAAAACCCCCAGCCAAAAAGAGAGGCAGACCAGCUCAACCCAAGGAACCCAAGGCUCCCAAACCACCAAAAGUCCCCAAGGCACCAAAGCCACCUAAGGACCCAAAUGCACCUAAAGCCAAACCUGGUCCUAAGCCCAAGAAGGCCACUGAGGCUCAGGCAGAUGGCAAGCAAGAGAAGAUAGAUGAGAGCUUCAAGAAGGUUAAGAGGAAAAUUGACCGCUUCAAGGGAAUGUCAGAGGAAGAAGUCAUGACAAAAACUCUUCCAGACCUGCUGGAAUACAACCUGGACUAUGUCAUUAUUGGCAUUAAUCCAGGACUGAUGGCAGCUUUCAUUGGACGGUGGUUUCCAGGUCCUGGAAAUCAUUUUUGGAAGUGCCUGUUUUUGUCCGGAUUUACUGAGGAGCAACUCAACCACAUGCACGACACUACUCUGCCCGUCAAAUACAAAAUGGGCUUCACCAACAUGGUGGCCAGGGCGACACCAGGGAGCAAAGACCUCUCAAGUAAAGAGUUGCGUGAAGGUGGCAAAAUUCUUGUAGAGAAGCUGAAGAAAUUCAAGCCUCUAAUUGCUGUUUUUAAUGGAAAAUGCAUCUAUGAAAUGUUCUGCAGAGAGAUGUUUGGUAAAAAACCAAAGAAACUUGAUUUUGGUUUGCAGCCUCACAAGAUCCCCGACUGUGACGUGGCUCUGUAUCUGAUGCCUUCAUCCAGCGCUCGUUGUGCUCAGUUCCCUCGUGCUCAGGACAAAGUCCACUUCUACAUCAAACUGAGGGAGCUCCGAGACGAGCUAAAGGGUCUCAAAAAAAGCACUGAGAUCGAGGAGAUUGACUACAGGUUUGACCUGAAAUUGGCCAAGGAGGAUGCCAAGAGGAUGGCGAUAAAGGAGGAGCAGUACGAUCCUGGUUAUGAAGAUGCUUACGGUGGAGCAUAUGCAGAGAGAGGACCUGAGGAGGGUCCAGCCCAAAGCCAGACCAACGGUCACUGUACAUUCUCAAAUGUAGAAAACACAGAAGGAGCACAGGAGGCGACGACGUCACAAAUACCAGGCCAGCUCCCAGACGGACAGUGGAUGACCCAGUCCUUUGCAGACGAGAUUCCAGACAUCAGCGGCGGAGCAAAGGAUGGCAGCGUAUAAGGAAAAGACUUAUUUGGCGGGUUUUUAGAUGUUUUUCCUUUUUAAUAGUGUCCGAGUGGAAUAUACACACACAUGGACUUUUUUUUAGAGGUUUUGCAGAAUAUUCCAUCUGCACUUUUUAUUUUGUUUGUGGUCUUGAUACAUGUAUGAUCAUCUUCAUGGCAGUCUUUUUAAAUAUGUGAAAUCAGGGACUUGACAAUGAUGCGCGACUGUGCUUGGGGAAGAUCACGUAUUUAAAUAUGUUUUUGCCUUUGUACUGUACUGCACUGUGAUGCAGUAAAUGUGUAUACCUUCACGUCUACUGUUGUGACAGUAGAUAAUACUCCAGAUGGUUAUUUCAAAAGUUUGAUUUAUCUGUGUGAAGUCUGUAUGGUCCUCUGUGAAUUGAGCUUUUAGCUAGCAAAUAAUGUUUUACAUUCAUGGUGCUAUGAACUGACCACAAUGCAAAGUGAUCACUUGAUGAAACCAGACUCGAUCAUGUGCGAUCAAGAUACCACAGAGGGAAUUCCUGGCAAGCCUUUCAGGACAACGUUACAAAACUCACAGGUUAUAUUUUAAUCUUUAACCAUCACUUUUUUGAUUUUAGGAAUUUUAGAAUUAUGUUUUGUAUGUUUAUGAAAAUGUCAUUCACAAGGAAUUUUUACAGAACAUCUGUCCAUUAAAAUGUCCUGAUGAUG